AUAUAACAGACAGGACUGAGCUACAGUUAGUAGAGUUGUGAAGUUAAAGGCUAAGAAAGCUUUCAGGCUCAUAUUUACCUUGUGUGUUUUACACAGGAACUGAGUGUUCGGUUAUCAGUCAUUUUAUUGAUGACACAACCGAUCAAGCAGAAGUCUUUCAACGCAUUUGAAUGUACCGUCGAUCACUACUAAGAUCUAGUCAACAAUGGAUGUCUCUGUCUGUGUAGCCACCCAAAGCCAAUGCAAAGACCUUACCCUUAUUAGUAUAUGUAGCUAACAGUUGAUUUUUACUUCCUUCUACUGUCAUUUUUGUUUGUAGAGAUAGACAGGGUGUAUACUUUGAUUUUUAACUUGUCUUCUAAUUACAUUGGAUAUUUAUUUAUUUAUUUAUUAAGAAGAAAUACCUCAAUAAUCCAACCCAGUUUGAUUCACAAUAGUCCAGAAGUGCAGUUACUCUCCAGCAAUGGAAUCCACCACACUAGCAUCCCUAGCAACUGUUACAAUGCUAACAGCGGCCUCACAGACAGACAUGUCUGGUGUUCUCUGGCUGCUGGUGCUGGGCUUCGUCAUUGCUUUUAUCCUGGCGUUCUCUGUGGGUGCCAACGAUGUUGCCAAUUCCUUCGGUACAGCAGUGGGUUCUGGGGUAGUGACUCUGCGCCAGGCCUGCAUCCUGGCCUCCAUCUUUGAGACAGUGGGUGCCAUUCUUUUGGGGGCCAAAGUCAGUGAGACCAUCCGUUCGGGUAUCAUCGAUGUUCACAUGUACAAUGGCUCAGAGGCUGUGCUGAUGGCUGGCUCCAUCAGCGCCAUGUUUGGAUCUGCUGUUUGGCAGCUCGUAGCUUCGUUCUUGAAACUUCCCAUCUCUGGAACACACUGCAUUGUGGGCGCCACAAUCGGCUUUUCCAUGGUUGCUAGAGGACAUCAGGGGGUCAAAUGGCUGGAAUUGCUUCGCAUUGUUGCCUCUUGGUUUCUUUCACCUCUUCUCUCCGGCAGCAUGUCUGCUAUUCUCUUCUGCUUUGUCCGCAAGUUUAUCUUGAAUAAGGAGGAUCCAGUGCCCAAUGGUUUAAGAGCAUUACCAGUUUUCUAUGCUGUUACUAUGGGAAUCAAUCUGUUCUCCAUCAUGUUUACUGGAGCACCAAUGUUGGGAUUUGAUAGGAUACCAUGGUGGGGUACUCUGCUGAUCUCACUGGGCUGUGCCCUGCUUACUGCUGCGGUGGUCUGGUUCAUUGUCUGUCCACAGUUAAAGAAGAAGAUAAAACGUCAGAAUAUUGCCGACACUAGUGGGACACAGCUGAUUGAGAAGAACCCAUCCUCAAACGGCCUCAUGGCCCAUCCUACCCCACCUCAAAGCUACUCUCCUGUUCCACAGACACCCCCUGCUGACAGCAACAAGGUUGCCUUUGACAUCGGAGGUUCAGCAGAAACCGACCUGGACAGCAAAGAUUUUGACACCAAAGAUUUGGAUUGCACUCACGCUUUAAAUGGCAGUGCUGGAAUUGCUGUCCCAGACUUGAACGGAAGCCAGUUUCACACCGUACACAAAGAUUCUGGAAUCUACAAGGAUCUACUUCACAAACUUCACCUGGCCAAGGUUGGUGAAUGCAUGGGAGAGACCGGAGACAAACCCAUCCGCCGCAACAACAGUUAUACUUCUUACACCAUGGCCAUCUACGGAAUACACGGGUCGUUGAAGGAGGGCGAGGGAAGCCGGACUGGACUGGAUGGAGAGAAAAGGCGCUCGCGGUACGACAGCUAUAACAGUUACUGUACUGCGGUGGCUGAUGGAGAAGUUGCUGCAGGAGAUGGAGCUCUGGCAGUGGAGGUGGGGGACGAGACCGUCAGAGGAGACUCACUGGAAGAGGAAAUAGAUGAGCUUGAGAUAGACAAGCCAGAGGUGUCCACGCUCUUCCAGUUCCUGCAGAUUCUCACUGCCUGCUUUGGAUCGUUUGCCCAUGGCGGAAAUGACGUUAGUAAUGCGAUUGGCCCUCUUGUUGCACUCUGGCUGAUCUAUGAAAGCGCUUCUGUUGCACCCACUGCUCCCACACCAAUUUGGUUGCUCCUGUAUGGAGGAGUGGGUAUCUGUACAGGGCUCUGGAUUUGGGGUCGGCGGGUCAUACAAACCAUGGGCAAAGACCUGACUCCCAUCACUCCCUCCAGUGGAUUUAGCAUUGAGCUCGCCUCUGCUAUAACUGUGGUUGUCGCUUCCAACAUCGGACUCCCAGUCAGCACCACUCAUUGCAAGGUUGGAUCAGUGGUGUCAGUUGGCUGGCUCCGCUCCAGGAAGGCUGUUGAUUGGCAUCUGUUCCGGAAUAUCUUUAUCGCUUGGUUUGUGACUGUGCCAAUUUCUGGUCUCAUCAGUUCUGCUAUAAUGGCACUCUUCUAUUAUGUUAUAUUGCCUCUGACCUAAUGUUUUAUGUUAAACUAUUUACUCCUUGUAAAUACUUACACUUUUGGGCCUCAACUAUGGAAUGCCCCUUCGUCCUGUCCCAUCAUAUGUACUGUACAUAGCAAAUCAAAGAAUGUGUAUGUUUGCACAUCACGCUCAUACUCUGUGAUUUUUGUACAUGUUUAAGGUGCUUAAUAGUGUUAGGAAAUAAUUUUGUUGCCAUGAAAUGCGUGAGAUAUGUAGUAUAACAAUGUUUAUUUAGUUUUUGGGCCUCACAUAUUUUUGUAAAGAAAAAUAUUGUUAGACUAGACUGAAAUUCUGUUUUAACUUUUGGCAAUGAAAAUUUAUACUCUGAGCUGUAAGACAGUAUUUUUUUUUAUAAAACAAUAUAUGUAUACUUGCAUGACAUUUGAAAUAAAUCAUGUUUCUGCUGACAUUUGCAUUUUUAUUUCCACCUGUAAAUAAACCACAGUUUUUACAAAACAUUA